AUGGCCGAGCUCGCCGUCCUCCUCCUCCUCGCCGUGGCGGCGUCCGCCACCGUGCCGGCGCACGCCCGCGAUCCCCCGACUCAGAUCAAGCUCAUCCGAGGCGCGGACGCCGGCGGCGUGGUCGGCGACAGCAUGGAGUGCGUGUACACGGUGUUCAUCCGGACGGGGUCGAUCUGGAAGGCCGGGACGGACGCGAACAUCACGCUGCAGCUGGCCGCCGCGGACGGCAACGGCGUGGGGAUCUCGGACCUGCCCUCCUGGGGCGGGCUCAUGGGGCAGGGCCACGCCUACUUCGAGCGCGGCAACCUGGACAUCUUCAGCGGCCGCGGGCCCUGCAUGGCGAAGCCGCCGUGCUGGAUGCGGCUGACCUCCGACGGCACCGGCGCGCACCACGGCUGGUACUGCAACUACGUCGAGGUCACCGUCACGGGCCCGCACAAGGGGGUGCGCGCAGCAGCUCUUCACCGUCGAGCAGUGGCUCGCCACCGACGCCGCGCCCUACCAGCUCGAGGCCGUCCGCGACCUCUGCAGCGGCGGCGGCGGCGGGGCGUCGCGGCGGCGUGA